AUGGCUCUCCGCAGGCCCAUCACACUGGCUCCGCGCUUCCUCACACCUCAAACGACAUCUGUAUUCACCCGUCAACUCCACCGCCUCAAUGCGCCGCCUCAGCGCAUUCCCCCUCCCACACCCUUCGUCCCGGACGUCAGCACGUUUCUCACCCUGAUCGGCCGCAACAUGUCCUCUCACAGUGCCAAAAUACCAUCUUGGGAAGCUCUAUUCACUCUCUCAUCGGAGCAGCUCAAAUCUGCCGGCAUUGAACCCCCACGCGCGAGAAAAUACCUACUCUGGUGGCGCGAACGGUUUCGGAAUGGAAUCACAGGGAUUGGCGGACAAUUGAAGGAUGUCAAGGACGGUGUCGCGGAGUUGAGGAUUGWGGAGGUGGAGAGCGAAGGUGCGGGAAAGGCGACGUUGACGAGCGGGGAGGGUGUGAGGAAGGUUGUGAUCAACACACCCUUGAUGGCGGAGGCGGAGGGAGAGAAGCAAAAGGGAGGCAUCUUAUCGAGAAUGGCGCCGCCGCCGAGGGUGGAGGGGAAGGUGGUGCCGGUGAAAGGCGUAAAGAUUGUGGAGGCUACGCGGAUAUCAGGCACGGGUGUUGAGCCCUUGAAGGGGCAUCAGGGUGUGGCGAGGCUGAGAGUGGUGGAUGGCCUGUGGGAGCAGAGGAGAGGAAGAAAGGUGGAUGGCGGUGAGAGACGAAGAGCAGAAGUCCGAGCAAAGAGGAAGGCUGCUGAGAGGAAGGCGAGGUAG